UCAACCGCAGCCGCCGGAGCCGCGUGUGCUCGCGUGCGCGCGGGGCGGCGGGCGGCGGCCCCGGUCCCGCUGCGGCACGGCAGGGCGCCGGCCGAGAUGCCGUGCCGCCCGGGCGAGCGCUUCCUGCUGCUGGAGCGCUCGGUCGCCGUGGGACAGGCGAGCUCCAAGGAGGUGGACGCGCUGGUGGCAAAGCUGGGCGAGGUGCUGCAGCUGAGCGCCCAGCGGGCGCCGCCGCCUCCCCGCGGCCCCAAGCACCUGGGGCCGGGCAGCGCCCGCGACCGCGCCGCCCCCUACUCGCCGCGCUGCAGUGGCGGUGGCCUUCUAGCGCCGCGGGGGCCGGCCCCGUCGCAAGCCCACCAGCAGCAUGCGGAGCCCCCGCGACCGGACCGGAGCGGGCACCAGCGGGUGACCAAGCAGCUGUGCGGCAGGGGCUGGCUGCGGAGCGCCGCGCGCCGGAGAAAACAACCGCCGCUGGGGCAGGGCGACGGGACGGCGGAGGAGGAGGACCCCCACCGGCUCUUGCAACAGCUCAUCCUCUCCGGCAACCUCAUCAAAGAAGCCGUCCGGCGGCUGCAGCUAGCGGCGGCGGCAGCAGCAGCGGCGGCUUCCACGGUCUCCAGUGGCAGCGCUUCGGCGGGUAGCAGCGGCGCGGACGGCGAGACGGCCGAAGCGGCGGCGGUGCAGCCCCUGCAGUAGCCGGCGGGGAGGAGCGGCGGCGGCCGGGGCAGAGGAGCUCCGCUGGGGCGGCCGCUAGCGGUGGCGAGGAGCCCCGCCGAGCGGACUGCGGGAGCGCGGUGUUGGCUCCGCCGCGAUGUAAGCCUCCCCCCGCAGCGAGGCGGCGGCGAGAUCCCCUGCAUCCCGCUGCCUGGCGGGGCCAGAACGGACGCAGCGGGGUCUGGGUCAUUUGGGGUGGAGCGGCUGUGCACCCCCGAGCCCAAGGUCACCCCCGGCGCGGCGCCGGGUCCCUCCGCUUCCCAACCGUCGAGACCGCGCACGCCGCCCGCUCCGCGUUGUUGUUGUUGUGUCGUCGUCCCCCCUGUUCUUUGCUUUCCUCGGGAGCUCCUCCUCCUCCUCCCCCCGCCUGAGCAGCCCGGCCGGGGCCGUGGACCCCCCCGCCGCCGGUCCCCCGGCUGCCGCGGGGCUGCUCCGUCUCUCAGGAGCCAUUUGCAAUAAUUGUCGCUGACCCCGGCGGGAGGUGUUUCCUUUCUCCUCCCGGACUGCUUUGGGUUUUGU